AUGAACUGAAUUUUGUUUUCGGUCCUUAAAGUUGGUCAAAUAAGGCUUUAGAGCCAAUUUUCGAUAUUUUGUGUCAAUAUUUACCAUUUUCAUCAUGCUGGAGAAGGUAUAUGGAUGUUAUUGGAGAUUGAUCUAAUUACAGAGGUUAACUUUCUUAGAAAUACAUAAAUUCAUUGCUUAAAGUUCGUUGACUAAUGCAGGUUUUAAGAAAUAUAUGCAAAAUGCUAAUAGUUCAGUAUACAGUGUUAAGAUGAGCAUUGUGAUUCCAAAACCAGUCAAAGCUACAGUGUUGGUUGAACUACAUAUUAUAUAAUAUGAGCAUCUUUCACAUGCAGUUUAUAGAAUUUGGCUGCCAUAUUGAGAAAAUUAUAAUUUCAAUGGUAAAUUUUUGAGCCAGAAAAUUGGCACUUAGUGGUAUGUAUUAAAAAUCAUGAAAGCAUCCUGUUUUAGAUUUUGACAACGAGAAGAGGCUAGUAAAACACAUUCUUAAACUUGGUGAGGCAGGAUUUCCUCCAAAUAGGCAAGCUAUAUGCAUGUUAGCUUAUCAAUUUGCUGAAAAACUAAAUCUGAAACGUAAUUUCGACUACGAUAAUGAAAUGGCUGAAGGCGCAUGCCUCAAAAGUUUUAUUGAACGAAAUCCGGAACUAUCUACCAGACAAGCUGAAGGUUUAUACUGAUACUUAAUAUAGGUACGAAUAGUUUAUAACAACAAUUUAGAAUUUAUGUUUUUUGUUGGUUAAAUACUUGUAAAGUGGAUUUUACCAAAAAAUAUGAUUAUGAAUGUUGUAACUUGAGAAUUUAUAUGUUAAUUAAACAAGCCCUCUAAAAUAUUUAAUAAGGGUUCCUAAUUUGUG